AUGAGACAGACACCCUGCGCCCUGUCCUGUCCCUAGCCUUCACUUACCCAGCUCUCUCUGUUGCAACUGUGAAAUCCAGAAUGGCCAUCAGAAAUCUUAUUUCAUCCACUAAUACCCUGCUUGGGGUUGUUCUUCUCAUCGUUGUGUCUGCAUCGUUUGCUUCAUCCGAGAAUACAAAAACAGUGGACUUCAAUGUGAAACCCGGUGGAGUUGUUCACACUUUCUCUGAGAAAAUCAAAGACCAUGAAUGCUCAUUCACAUAUGCAUCACAAGGGGGAACCAAUGAGCAAUGGCAUAUGAGUGUGGGCAUCAGUGAUGAUGAGCAGCUCAUCUCCUGCACUGUGUGGAGACCACAAGGGAAGUCCUACCUGUUUUUCACCCAGUUCAAGGGGGAGAUCUCAGGAUCAAGACUUGAAUACGCAAGCGCUUACUCCCAGUCUGCUGUGGGAGGAGGAGGAGACGUGGCUUUGAAGCAAGAAGAGUACCGGGUUGACGAUGACUCGGUUUCUCAUCGGGAGGGCGCGUUCAAGGCCCAGCUCUCCAAGCUGACCAUGAUUGCUCGGGUCAAACAUGACGAGCUGUGACUAGCCGCCGGGAGACGCUCGAUCAACUGAAUGUGCUUUAACGAGGUGAAGGAAGAAACGGGAGCAGCGUGACCGCGUCACCGGCGUCGUCCUCCUUGCAGAAGAAACACGGUGACAAAGGAAAGAUGGGACUGUGAAUGCAGAUGAAAGUGGUUUUUUUUCUUUCCUCCUUGUUCUCUCGCAGUAACAGUUGCACUGAGAAGCAACUGUUCUUGUACAGUAUCUUCUAGCAGAAUUUAGUGUUCUUUUUGUUUUCUGAUGAAUAAUUUGUAGAGGAUGAAAGGGUUUGGCAGGUAUAUUUCUACGGGCAUAUUAGAUACAGAAAACCAAAAAAAUAAAGGGUUUAGGAUAUCUUCUAGUAAUGGCUGUCUGCACAGCGAGUAAGUAGAAGCCGUGCAGCUGACACCGUAGUGUGUCCAAAAUGAGGUUGCUCCAGCGAAAAAUAAUAAAAGAAUGCAGUAGCACUGAGAGAGAGAGAGAGAGAGAGAGAGAGAGAGAGAGAGAGAGAGAGAGAGAGAGAGAGAGAGAGAGAGAGCAUGCAUCACCCCACAGCCUCAGUCCUCGGUCCUUCUCAUGCUCAUUCCUAACGCUCGUAGUUUUUAAGCAGACUUGGGCAGGAUGGGCUGUCUUGCAUGGUCCGUUGGAACAGGCCCAGGGGAGCAUUCUAAAUCUGUACCCCCUACACAACAAUCUCAUGGUUAUUUAUACUCCUUAGGUCUCUCUCUCCCCUUCUCUCUCCCUCUCUCUCCAUUUCUCUCUCCAGCACAUACUAACUUCCAGGUAGCACUCUUUUUUUUCUCACAGUUUCUGCAUUUCUACACGUUUACCUGGUAUCUACAUAGGAAUGUGCAGGAUGGUGUUGGUAAAGAUGCAGCACUAUUACCACCACACUACCACUAUAACCACUGCACUGAACUUAACGUGAUGCCAUUUAAUUGGACUAUGACAAAAAGACACACAUUUCUACUCAAAUGUAUACUCAUUUUCUGCAAUUUCCCAUGCAUGUAACAGGUAAACCUGUGGAAAUGAAGGGAACUGUCAAAGAGAGUGUGAACAACUUGUCAUAGUGUUAAAGUCAACAAGAGAUGGUGACUUAUGGGACUUACGGUGUGUGCUGCAGCAUGCGUGCUCAGGGUUUCCAUCAGUGAAGGGUCUCCACCACUGCAUGCGAUGUACUGUAGGCUCCCUCCCUCAGACCAGCAGGUCUUUCCUCAGGGGAGGGAUGAGAUAGCACAUCAUUAACUUUACUGUCACAUGUCACAACCUUGGUUUUUCCCCUCUCAUAUUGAUGGAUGUCCUCAUACCCUUCUAAUUUCCUGUAAGUUCUGCCAUUACAGUUCAAUAAAGGUGGGUUUUUUUUACAAGA